CCUGUGGCUGAUGUUUUGCAGGUUUAUGUCACCAUGCAGCACUAUGGAGUGAACGGCUACUCCCUGCACGCCAUGAACUCGCUGAGCGCCAUGUACAACCUCCACCAGCAGGCAGCUCAGCAGGCUCAGCACGCCCCCGACUACCGGCCCUCCGUGCACGCCCUCACCCUGGCUGAGAGACUGGCCGGCUGUACAUUUCAAGACAUCAUUUUGGAGGCACGUUAUGGGUCCCAGCACCGCAAACAAAGGCGAAGUCGCACGGCCUUCACUGCCCAGCAGCUGGAGGCCCUGGAGAAGACCUUCCAGAAGACUCACUACCCAGAUGUGGUGAUGAGAGAGCGGCUGGCCAUGUGCACAAACCUGCCGGAAGCCAGAGUCCAGGUCUGGUUCAAGAACCGAAGAGCCAAAUUCCGCAAGAAGCAGCGUAGCCUGCAGAAAGAGCAGCUGCAGAAGCAGAAGGACUGUGAGGGGAGCCACAGUGAGGGAAAGAUGGAGCCACCUGUGCUGGAGACCCAGGCUCCCACCCCGGACACUGAGAAGGUCCAGAGCCUCCCCAGCGAGGUUGGCGCAGACCUCAACCUGACCCUGUCGGAGCAAUCUGCCAGCGAGUCGGCACCCGAGGACCAGACUGACAGAGAGGAGGAGUUCAAGAGCACCUUGGAUGAGGCCAAAGUGGACAAAAGCCCUGGUGUGGACAGCAAGAUUUUGAACUGCAAGAGAGCGAGCCCAAAAGCAGAGUCCCCCAUCAGCGCGACCGUGACGCCUUCAUCCAGCAGCGGCCUGGCUCAGACUCACUCCUACUCCUCCUCGCCCCUGAGCCUCUUCCGCCUGCAGGAGCAGUUCCGCCAGCACAUGGCAGCCACCAACAACUUGGUCCAUUACUCCUCCUUUGAAAUGGGGACACCGUCUGCCAUGCCCUACUUGGGCAUGAACGUCAACAUGGCCCCGCUAAGCUCCCUGCACUGUCAGUCCUAUUACCAGUCGCUGUCCCACGCUCAGCAGGUCUGGUCCUCCCCCAUCCUGCAGGCCUCCAGCUCCCUGCCAAGCCUGAACAGUAAAACCACGAGCAUUGAGAACCUGAGGCUCCGGGCAAAGCAGCACGCGGCGUCCCUGGGGCUGGACACCCUCCCCAACUGA